AUGGUUGGAAUAAUCCCGGCUGGAAUGCUAAAUCAAGCAGUCGACCGAGGUGCGGUCGAACAAAUGAUUCAAGAUAUGGUGCCCCAUGCUAGAAGGAUUGGUAGACUGGUCUACCGGAGGCCAUAUCCAGAGCACUUUGAUCGAGAGCAAUUUUCGAGGGAUUUCAAGGUUCCAGAUUUUGCACUAUUUUCGAGAGAUGGGCUCCAAUCGACCGUUGAACACAUUGGCCGAUUCACGGCCUAG